GGCUUGGCUCCGGAAGAUGACAAUGUGCAUGUUCAUGCUCAUGACUGGUUACGACAGGGUUGUAGUAUCUGGCACUUCUUGACUUCAAGCUUGGCCUCAUUGAUGAAGGAAAUCGACUUGCUUCUUGGGUUGCUGAGGAGAAGGAUUGUUGCACUUGGACUGGGAUUGUUUGCGAUAACGUUACUGAUCAAGCAUCUAGACUUGAGCGGCAAUGAUUUUGGAGGAAUCCAAGUUCCUAGGUUUAUAGGUUCUCUUGGAAACUUGGAAUAUCUUAAUCUCUCAGGUUCUGGAUUUGGUGGAGUUAUCCCUGAUCAAUUAGGGAAUCUGACGAAAUUGCACAUCCUCUGUCUUGGAAGUUUGCAUGCAUCUGAAUUAACUAGCAUGAGGAAUAUGCAAUGGUUGUCAAAUCUACCUUUUUUGCAACACCUGGAUAUGAGUGGCGUAAACCUCAACAAAGCAGUCGAUUGGUUCCAGGUGAUUAACACCCUCCCCUCUUUGGUCCAACUACAUUUGUCUAAUUGUCAACUCCCACACAUAUAUCCCCAUGUUCCUAGUCUUAAUCUCACAUCCCUUUCCUUGCUUGAUCUUUCUAACAACGAUUUUACCAACACUAGUAUGCCACGAUGGAUAUUCAGUAUAACUGGGCUUGUUUCACUAGAUUUAGGUUGGUGCUAUUUUCAUGGUCUAAUUCCUAAUAGUAUUGAUAGCUUCCGUAACUUGACUUCUCUCAAAAUGCUUUGCAUUCGUGGGAAUGAUUUCAGGAAUUCUUCGUUGGUAUUAGAAGGGUUGUCUAGUGUAGGUAGUAAUCUCAUUACAUUAGACAUGCAUUCAUGUCGUGUUCCAAGUUCAGUCCUUGAUUCCCUUCACAACUUGACCUCUCUUCUUAGCCUUGACCUAUCAGAAAAUCAACUCACAGAGACAAUACCUAAAUCAUUGAGUAACAUUUGCAAUUUGAGACAUAUUGAUAUGGGAGGUAACUAUUUUCCAAAUAUUAGUUUGACAAGCCUUCUUGAAAAUAUUUUCGAGUGCAAAUCACCAAGCUUGGAGUCUUUAUUCCUCGAGAACUCGCAACUUUCUUGUCAUCUACCAGAUCAACUUGGACAACUGAUGUAUCUUGUGGACCUCCAACUUCGAAACAACCGUAUUGCUGGUAUAAUUCCGGAUUCAAUAGGGCGACUAUCAUUUCUGAGGUCAUUAGGUCUUGAUGGUAAUCUUAUUUCUGGUCCAAUUCCAUACUCAGUUAGACGAUUAUCAUCUUUGGAGUAUUUAAAUCUAUCGGAUAACCAAUUGAAUGGUAGCCUUCCGGAUAGCCUUGGUCAACUUUCCAAGUUGAAUACAUUAGAUCUUUCAUAUAACCAACUGAGUGGCAGUCUUCCUGAUAGCCUUGGUCAACUUUCGAAGUUGAAUUCUUUAGGUCUUUCGAAUAACCAACUGAAUGGCAGCCUUCUUGAUAGCCUUGGUCAACUUUCGAAGUUGAAUUUUUUAGAUUUUUCUAGCAAUUUGUUGACCGGUGUCGUUACAGAAGUUCACUUUGCAAAACUAGCCAGAUUGGAAACCCUAGUAGGAAGUGGCAACAAUAUAACCGUAAGGUCACACAUUGCAAACUGGAUACCCUCUUUCCGGCUGCUGACUUUGUCUUUAAGUUCUUGGAAUUUAGGGCCUCAAUUUCCAGUAUGGUUAACACUGCAGAGAGAUCUAAUAUCUUUGGACCUAAGCAACACAAAAAUUUCAUCAACCAUACCUGAGUCGUUUUGGAAAUCAUUACCCAAUCUGCGAUAUCUAGAUAUGUCACAAAAUCAUAUUCAAGGAAUGUUGCUUGGUAUCCCUCGGCCACUUCUUCUACUUGACUUGAGUUUUAACGAAUUUGGCGGGCAACUACCCACGCUCUUGGAUGGUUCGGAGAUAUCCUUCAUGGAUCUAUCAAAUAAUUCUUUUGCAGGGUCAUUACGUCAUAUAUUGUGUCCCAACAGUCAGAAAAGUGUACGAGUUCUUAAUCUGGCAGAUAAUAAUCUAUCAGGUGUAAUCCCUGAGUGUUGGAUGAGGUGGCCGGGACUAUCGUUCUUAAGCUUGGAGAAUAACAAUCUGAUUGGUAGGAUUCCAAGAACUUUGGGAUCUUUGUCGCGCCUACAAUCAUUGAACCUGUGCAACAACAAGCUCUCCGGAAUAUUACCUGUUUCUUUAAAGAACUUGAUAAGCUUACAGAUCCUUCAACUUGCUAGGAAUGAACUUGUUGGGAGAAUUCCGUCUUGGUUUGGGAAACAAUUCUCAAGUUUGAGAAUUCUCAACCUCCGAGCAAACCAUUUUGACGGACAUAUAAAUGAUGGGCUAUGUUAUCUUAACAGUGUUCAGAUCUUGGACGUUGCUGAUAAUAAUCUAUCAGGAAAUAUACCCCGAUGCUUCAACUACUUCAGUGUCCUCUCCGGGAAACAAACUCCCUUAACUACAGAAUUUGCCUAUGCACGAGCUUAUGGGACAACUCAUGGCAGUGCUUCAUUGGUGAUAAAGGGACGAGAGGAUACAUAUAGCAGUAUUCUUGGACUCGUGAUGCUAUUGGACCUCUCGGGUAACAAUUUUUCUGGGAGCAUCCCAAGUGAGCUAAUGUCUCUUCAAGCAUUACAAUCGUUGAAUCUAUCAAAAAAUCAGUUGACAGGAAGGAUCCCAAAGACUAUUGGGGACUUGAAAUCGCUUGUAGCAUUUGAUGCAUCUCUUAAUCGGCUUUCUGGGGAACUUCCUGUGAGCUUGUCAAGUUUGAGCUUCUUGAGUAGCUUCAAUGUCUCUUACAACAAUUUGACGGGAAGAAUCCCUUCAAGCACACAAUUUCAGACCUUCAAUGAAUCAAGCUUCUUGGGCAACAAACUUUGUGGAGAUCAAGUCACCGAAAGUUGUGCAGUUGAAGUGCCUGAUCAUAGAGACGAAGAAGAAGAAGGAGAUGAUGAUGGAUCACAUGGAGCGGAUUGGGGAUUGAUCAUUAGCAUAGUGUCGGGAUUUAUUGCUGGUUUCUGGGUUGUGUUUGCUCCGUUGAUAGUCAGCACCACGUGGAGGGUCACAUACUUCCGUUUCUUGAGAGAUUGGAGGUUUAUGUUUUCUGAUGCAAUCCGUAGUCGGAACAUGAACAAGACCGUCCCUACUUUUAAGUAGAUGUCAGAUUUGUAUACAUCAUGAAAUUAACCAACAUUAUGUUGGUUGAUGACUGCUAGAGGAAACUCUCGUGAAAAUAUCAAGGUAUGUGUCUCCUUCUAAUUAAUAUCAUAACAGUUCUCUGAAUUCUUUAGAAUUCAAAUCAGAUGGUUUCCUGUUGUGCUUGAAAGGAAAGAAAAUACGUCUGCUCCUUUUCUUCAAAAGUUGGGCCAUAAUGGGGAUUUAUUAGCUAAAUAUGGUUCCGUAUUUGGUUAAAAAGUACCUUAACCGGACCUUGGGUUUCUUGUCAAGACCGGACCACACCCUCCUUCAGAACCAAGAAAAACACUACAUUUGUAGCUCUUAAUGGUGAAGCCCAAAUGGCUGUAAACACACUCGAAGAACAAAAUCACAGCAACAAUGCUGUCACAAUUGGUGAUGGAGCAGAAACUUCUAGUGUCAAAUUUGCUGAUGAGCGAUGGAAUAUGGGGCUUGGGAUCUGAGUAUGUUUGUGAAAUCUGGAAAAAUGGAUUGGAUGCUCUGAUUGUUGCUGGUGAAUAAUUAUCAUCCAUAUUGUUUAUGCCAACA